GUGUUCAGCUUCUUCGUUCUCUUUCCUUUUGACCUUCGUGUCGUUGGCGAGUUGUCCACCGUAACUUAAUAAAGGUAUAACAAAGCACAAUGUCUGGAGGUCUAGAAGUUUUGCAGUUGAAGGAAGAAGAUGUGGUGAAGUUCCUUACUGCUGGUGUCCAUCUGGGAGCCAAUAAUGCCAACUUCCAAAUGGAACAUUAUGUUUACAAAAGAAAACCAGAUGGUGUUCACAUCAUCAACAUAAGAAAAACCUAUGAAAAGCUUCUCUUGGCCGCACGUAUCAUUGUCUCUAUUGAGAACCCUGCUGAUGUCUGUGUCAUCUCUGCCAGGCCCUAUGGUCAGCGUGCUAUUCUCAAGUAUGCCUCCCAUACUGGUGCUACCCCUAUUGCAGGCCGUUUCACCCCUGGUACAUUCACUAACCAGAUCCAAGCUGCAUUCAGAGAGCCUCGUCUUCUGAUUGUCUGUGAUCCCAGAAUUGACCAUCAGUCUGUCACUGAAGCCUCAUACGUCAACAUCCCCGUCAUUGCUUUCUGCAACACCGAUUCUCCUCUCAGCCAUGUUGAUGUCGCAAUCCCAUGCAACAACAAGGGUGUGCAUUCCAUUGGAUUGAUGUUCUGGCUUUUGGCUCGUGAAGUGUUGCGCAUGCGUGGAAGCAUCACUUGCCAGAUUCCAUGGGAGGUUAUGCCUGAUCUGUACUUCUACAGAGAUCCAGAAGAGUGGGGAGCAGAGACUGUCCCUGGUGGCGUUCCAGCACAGCCCACCACCUUCACUGCCCCAACCAAGGACUGGGAUAAGGUAGCUCCAUCAUCAGAUUGGGGUGCUGAAGAACUGCAGACACAUGGUGAUUGGGGUACCUCUGUCACUAUGCAGGAACAGCCUACCAAGCCCUCUACUGACUGGGCUUAACGUGACCACACAGAAGCUGUAUUCUUGAGUCAAUGAAAUAAAAAGCUUGUCUCGUUGA